UUCAUUUUUUUUCCAAGACAAAAAUGGAGAACGAUGGACCUAUUAGUGAGCUCAUGGGGGAUAAAACGUGUCUUCGUAUAAAGGAUCAAGUUGAUUGACAAUGCUAAUCAAAAAAACACAAAACAAGAUUUACACAAUAGAAAUCGAGAACAAUAGCAUGCCAGCCACGCUCAACAGUUCAGAUAACCUCUUUCAUUUUGAUAUUUUCUUCUGGAAUUACAAGGAGCCCGUAGGCUUUUAAACAGUGUAUGGAUUUAUAUUUGUAUAUACAUAUAUAUUUAUAUAUAUUGCAGCUAUACGCUCGCUAUCUCAUAAGCAUGUGCCAUUUUCCAUGCUUUGAAGAGCCCAGGAACACGCUGAAAGACGUGUGAGAGACCAAGAAGAUUCGGGGGAGAGAGGGGUCAGAGAAAACUGUAAAUGACACCAAUAACGCGCAGCAUUUUGCCUCUUAAAAUAACAGCGUAGUUAGAUUAGUCUACUCUGUUGUAUUUGAAAAUCUGGGCAGCGCUGGUGAGAAGGUUCGCUCUUCCUUGAAAACACCAACACAACAUGGAACGCAUGUGAACGUGCCAUACACGGGGACUCAGAACCAGCAAGGAAAAGCUGCAGCCAGGAGAGAAACAAGGAAGCGAACAGCUUUAUCAAAGCUAGCUGGCUAACUGUUGGCUUCAAUCAUUUCUAAUGCGCGACCAAGGAGUAUGCGACUCAAUACUAAGAGCUGACUUUCGAGGGGAUGUCAGGCAGUAAGGCUCUUGGCGGCUCACGGCGGCGGCGGACACGCUGUCGACGCUGCCAGGCGUGCAUGCGGACCGAGUGCGGCGAGUGUCACUUCUGUAAAGACAUGAAGAAGUUCGGAGGACCUGGGAGGAUGAAGCAGUCCUGCCUGCUGCGACAGUGCACCGCGCCGGUGCUGCCCCACACGGCGGUGUGUUUCUCCUGCGGCGAGGCGGGGAAGGAGGACACUGUGGACUCUGAGGAGGACAAGUUCAGCCUGUCUCUGAUGGAGUGCACCAUCUGCAACGAGAUCAUCCACCCCUGCUGCCUCAAGAUGGGGAAAGCAGAAGGCAUCAUCAACGAUGAGAUCCCCAACUGCUGGGAGUGUCCCAAGUGCCACAAGGAGGGAAAGACCAGCAAGGACCAGGGUGACGGCUCGGGGAAGAGGAGGAUGGAUAACGGGGAGGUGGGCCGCUGGAAGCUGACAGACGAGCCUCCCCCUAGCAAGAAGAAGCCCCUGGCCCUGGAGGAGGGGGGGCGGGCAGACGGCCACAAGAGGAAGAAGGACAAGGAGCUGCCUGCAGACAGUGGCCCUAAGAAGAAGAUGAAAGGUGCCCAUGAAAAAAGACUAAAGAAGAAACAGAAGCCCAACUCCUCCGACACGUCCGAGUCCAACGGCCCCACCUCCGGGCCGGGUCAGGGGUCAGGGGGGGGCGGGGCCAACCCCCAGGCCCCGCCCUCCUCCACGGCCAGCCAGGACCAGCGCUCCCACCACAGGGAGAAGCUGGAGCGCUUCAAACGCAUGUGCCAGCUGCUGGAGCGAGUCCCAGAGUCCAGCUCCUCCAGCUCCUCCAGCUCAGAGUCCGACUCCGAGUCCGAGUCCGACUCCCCCUCCGGCUCCGACGGCCGCCGAGGCUCCUCCCCUUCCUCCCCCGCCCCGGUCGCCUACGGCAACAGCGGGGGCCGCGAGCGGAACCGGGAGCGGGAGAGGGAGCGUGAGCGGAGGCUGGCGGCGCUGGGGUUCAGCGCCAGCGAGGACUCGGAGGGGGAGGGGGGCGGGGGCGCGGAGGAGGAAAGGGAGCCGGCGGAGGAGCAAGGGGGGACGGACAAGAACCGGCGCAAAGGGGAGGGGCCCCCGCGAGGGCGCAAGGGGACACCGGGGGACGGGGAGGACGAGGACGGCGGGGAGAGGAGCAGGAAGCCCGCCCCCUUGCCCCCUCCCUCCCCCCUCUCCUCCAAUCAGCCCCCACCGCCCCUCUCCUCGGGGCACCCCGGCCCCCCGGGGUCAGACGGCUUUGCCGGGAAGCGCAGCAACGGCUCGGAGGCGCGCAACGGGCGGACGCGGGCGGCAGGGGGGGGCCGGGGGGGCGAGCGCGGGGAGGCGCAGGAGAAAGAGAACGCCAACAGCAGCGGGGGCGGAGGGGGGGGUGGGGCCCCGGUCACCAACCACCGCCAUGGCAACACGGGCAAGGGCAACCGUGGCAACAAGAUCCGCAGCAAACCCAACCAGACGAGCUCGUCCCGGAACAGCAGUCUGUCGGCCUCCUCCAACGCCACAUCUAACGGGGGGGGGCGGGGGGCUGCUGGGGUCCUCCGGGGGGGCACCAUGUCCUCCCUGGCCGCCUCGCCUCGCUCCCAGCCCUCCCGCAUGGCCCCCCGCUCCCAGCUGAUGAAGCGCAGCCCCCCCGCCGUGCCCUCGCCCCCCCGGCCCGUCCAGAUGGAGCGCCACCUGGUGCGGCCCCCGCCCGCCUGCCCCGAGCCGCACUGCUUGCCUCUGGACUCAGGCUCCUCCCAUGUCAUGGCCCGGGACGUGUGGCUGCGUGUCUUCCAGCACCUCAGCCAGCGGGAGCUGUGCGUCUGCAUGAGGGUGUGUCGGACCUGGAGCCGCUGGUGUUGUGACAAGAGGCUGUGGACCCAGAUUGACCUGAGCCGCCAGCGCUCCAUCACCCCCCCCAUGCUGAGCGGCAUCAUCAGGAGACAGCCGGUGUCCCUGAACCUGGGCUACACCAACAUCUCCAAGAAACAGCUCAUGUGGCUCAUCAACCGCCUGCAGGGUCUGGUAGAGCUGAACGUGUCGGGGUGCCCCUGGUCGUCGGUGUGUGCCCUGUGCCAGGCCUCCUGCCCCUGCCUGCGCCUGCUGGACCUCAGCCGGGUGGAGGACCUAAAGGACUCCCACCUGCGGGAACUGCUGGCGCCCCCUGCUGACACCAGGACAGCUCAUGGAGAGAGCAGAGGGGGGCGGUUCCAGAACGUGACAGAGCUGCGAUUGGCCGGCUUGGACUUGACGGAUGCCUCUUCCCGCCUAUUGGUGCGCUACCUGCCUCACUUGACCAAGCUGGACCUGAGUCAGUGUGGGAACAUCACAGACCAGACCAUCCUCACCCUGACCUCCCCCAUCUCCCCCCUCAGAGACAGCCUGACCCAUGUCAACCUGGCAGGCUGUGUGAAGAUGACAGAGCAGUGCCUGGUUCUGCUGCGGCGCAGCUCCUCCCUGCAGACUGUGGACCUGCGCUCCUGCUGCCUGCUGACGGCCGACUCCUGCCAGCUGCUGUCCUUUCCCUCCUCCUUCCCCUCCUCCUUCCCCACCUCUACACCCUGCGGCCCCGACGACACAACGCUACUGAAGAACAGCUAAGGCCCCGCCUACGGCCUGGUCUCCAGCCCCGCCCCCUCAGGCCCCGCCCCCUCAGGCCCCGCCCCCUCCAGCCCCGCCCCUUCCAGCCCCUACCCAGCCCAGCUUCGGCCCUACACUACACACCGGAGGGGUGGGUCCUGGGGGCCAGGGUGGGAGAGGGAUCUUGGGGCAGAGAGAAGGCGGGGUGGUUCAUAAGGAGAAUCCCUUCACAGACCCUUCUCUGGCUCCAGCUGUUUGCGAACGGACAUGUUGCAGCGGGGGGCAGAAAACCUUAGCAUGUACAUAUUCGUUAUCUGUAAAAAAAACAAACAAACAGAAAAAAAGACAAAAAAAAGAAAUGGGUGUGUGUAUAUAAAUGUAGUUUACUGUAAAUGAUUGUCUGUUCACCCUGUUCCCCUCCCUCCUCCUCCUCUUCCUCCUCCUGAGGACCAGACCACGCCAUCCGCUAGGCGACGGGCGCCGCCGCGCCGCUGUCUAGAGCAGAUUUUGCACUCCGUGUUCAAACGCUCUUCUUCGAUACGGGCCCAGACCAGGAAGAAUGUACCCAUGCCUGAGACUGCUCCCGUUUGAGGCUGUUUUCCUACACAGACAGAUGCUGGGAUGGUGUGUGCGCACGUGUGUGUGAGAGAGAGAGAGAGAGAGAGAGUGUGUGUGUGCGUGUGUGUGUGUGAGAGAGAGAGAGA